AUGAGUGCAUUCUGGCAGAUUUACUCAUUGGUAAUUAUCCAGAUCGCUCUGCUGGAUCACCUCUGUAUCUCAGCUGGGAUCCCUUCAGGGCAGGGCCAGCACAAAAGCCCUCUGUAUGCAGCCUGCAAGAUAAAACCGAGCAGCGGGGCAAAGAUAUUUGGCAUGGUGCUGUUUAAACAAGAAUCCUCUAAUGGCACGCUGUCAGUGGUCCUCAAGCUCCGUGGUUUUGACAGAGAGUCGGCUGAGACCAAAGCGGUACACAUUCAUCAGUUUGGAGACCUAAGCUCAGGUUGUGCCUCCACUGGGGGCCACUACAACCCUCACAACGUCAACCACCCGCAGCAUCCAGGAGAUUUCGGCAACUUCAUGACCAAGGACGGGCACAUUAGCGCUACACUCCAGUCUGAGGCAACACUGUUUGGAGAGCACUCGGUCAUUGGCAGAGCCGUGGUCAUCCACCAGCACCAAGACGACCUGGGGCAGGGAGGCAACGAUUCAAGUCUGCAGAAUGGGAAUGCUGGCCCCAGGAUCGGCUGCUGCAUCAUCGGGAUCACCUCUGUUGCUCCUUGGAUUAAACACACUACAUCUAAAACCUCUAAGAGAUUGAGAGAGAAUUAG